AUGAACUUGAUAAACCUGAUCCUUGCUAAUCAUCCUCGGGACUUAAGACAGCCAAAGGAAAUAAACAUGAAGAUCAUUGUCUCCAUAUUGUUUGUAGCCACACUUCUUCUAAUCACAUCAUCUCUUGCUUCAGCUACUGUCUCAGGUGGUGGUAGCGCGGUAGCUCCGGCGCCGGAAUUCAAAGAUGGACCGGCGUUAGAGAAAUGGUGUGGAGGGAAGUGUGAAGUGAGGUGCAAAGAAGCGGGGUUGAAGGAUAGAUGCUUAAAGUAUUGUGGGAUAUGUUGCAAAGACUGUAAGUGUGUUCCUUCAGGAACUUAUGGGAACAAGCACGAGUGUGCUUGCUAUCGUGACAAGCUCAGCAGCAAACUCACUCCAAAAUGUCCUUGA